AUGGUGUCCAUUCCCGCGCGUAGCCCAACGCUCCACGCCAAAUCGUCCAACAGCGCUCUCAACUUUGGCGGUAUCGCUGCAUCAACCUAUUCGCCGCUCGAUCAGCUCAGACUCGCGCGUUCGCCGCUCACCGAUCUCGUCAACGACCCGCUAUGCAGGACAACGCCCAACCCCUCCGUCCCCACUCCCCUUCCCCAGCCCCAGUCUUCUGUCACGCCUUCACCAUCCGCCAUUCCUCCCCUGAAGCUCAACCUCUUCCGCUCCUCGUCCAUCUACUCGUUCGACAGUGAAUACUCGUAUUCCACCCUCAGCGCGGAUGACGCUACCGAGCGUUAUGGCUACCCGCUUGCGGCAGAACAGGGCUUGUCUUCCGAGACAGACACCCCUCUGUCACCUGCAGAAGCACCCGACGACGCGUACAUGUCUCCGGACGAGGCAGACGUUAUAGUCUUCUCGACGCCGUCAACGCCACGGGGUCGUCGCUUCCUGGGCUCGGACGCCACAUCACCUGUCGCAUCUGGGGCAGCCACACCCACAGCGAUGCUCGCACGUUCGGAACAUCGUACCGACCCAGACGCUCAGACCCUGCCGUACGCACCUGGCACGCUACGCAGCGCAGUGUCAGAAGGGCCGUUCGCGCUUCGAUCUGUUCCUGUGCGCACACCACGCUCGACAUCGGCAUCCACCUCGCCCAGGGGCUCUCAGGCUUACCCGGCAGCUCGAGCCGUGUCCGAGCCCCUAGACCUUUCAACAUCACAUAGAAUCGGUGCCCCCGUCGCCCAAUUGGCCAUUAGCCCUCGCUACCCCGAGACAGUUGCCGCCCCCGACUGGGCAAGUGUGCACGGUGAGCUGGGCUCGGACUGGGGAGACGACGAGAACGAUUUCGAAUGGCUCGACAGCUCAGAGGCCCCUCGAGCUGACACGAUCAACGACCACCAGCGGGCCGGGCCGCGCGGCCACGGUGGUGCAGCAACAGGCGACUGCUCUUCAUCUGGCACCGAGGGCGCCUGUGCGCCGCCACUCGAGCGCCGGAGAACCAAGAAGAGGAGACCGUAUGUCAUUCCCCGGCGGCCUGCUCCGCCACCUCCGCCUGACGGUGGCAUUUCUGUGGUCCCCGUCGAGGUGACGCGUAGUCGCUCUCCGGGUCCGGGAAAGUCGCACACAAGCAGUGCAGCGGACCGCAGUUCGCCUUCCCCUGAUGGAGUGCUAGACUUCCCGAAACCAAACAACCUGCAUGACGACGGCUCCUCAAACAUGGGAUCCACCUCAAACCUUCCGGGUGCCGAGGAACAGUCCCUGCCACCCCUCGUCAUCAUUACCGCAACUCCGCCGCGUCAGAGCCCAGCGCUGCUCUCCGCCAAGGACAGAAACGCAAUCACGAUGAACAAGAGCGCCUCGCACCAGUCUGGCUACUCCUUUUACGACCUAGGGGACUCGCCUAGCCGGACGCCCGACCGUAAUGCCUCGGGCACGUUCCCGCGCGGCAAGUACGCGCGUGUCCCUCUGCACGAGUUGAACGGCACGUCGCCGACCGAAUCGACCAAGAACCGCCAACGCAUCGACACUGGGUCGCGCCAUUCGCGCAGGCCUAGUGCCGAUGACGCCCCGUCCCCAAUGUCUGGCCGCAGGGGCCUUCGCUCGCCUGACUCGUCUGCGACACUGUCGCGCACUAACUUGAAUCACGUGCCGACGUUGGCCGAAGCGAGCAUGAUGAGACCGGAGGAGCUCGUCGCAGCGGGCCUGCAGCGGCGUGAGGCGGGCGACAAGCCCAAGUCGGCGUGGUUCUUCAUGAAGGCCGCCGAGCUCGGCAGCGUCACAGGCCAGCUACACUGGGGUAUUGCGCUCCGUCACGGCCUGGGAAUUGGGCGCGACGAAAGACGUGCCUUCACCGAGCUUAGUGAAGCCUGCGACCGUGGUCUGGCCGAGGGCGUCUUCGACCUGCGCGCUGCGGUUGGCUCGCUCCUCCCUCCCACUACUGCCCGCCAGAUGCCGCGUGACUUGGCCGUCGGGCUGUUCGAACUGAGCAACUGCUACCUUGAUGGCGCGGGCACGCGGCGCAACGCCGAUCUUGCACUAGAGUAUCUGCGCAUGGCGGGUUCGCUGGGUGACAUGGCUGCGCAGGAGCAGCUUGGCCUCGUGCUCUCUAAAGGCAUGAACAGCGUCAAGAAGGACUUGCGUGAGGCGGCCAAGUGGUACCGCGCCGCCAUCCAGAACGGGUCCAACACGCCGGGCCUUGCAUGGGUGUGGAAGGACAAGUACAACGAUGCGUAA